GUGUCCACUGAAAAGAGAGAAGGGAGGGGAGAAUUUGUACCACAGUGGGGUCUUUUUUAGAUUCGCACAUAAUUAGUGUUGGGGCACAAAGCGAGACGCUGAAUGGAGAUUGUCAGCUUUUGGAUAGGGGUGAGUAGGAAUCUUUUCAAAUAAGAUCAAUCAGUGAGAACAGUAUUUUAUUUUUUCAGCCCCUCUACUCUCCACUCACUGCUUGAUAUCUAACAUAAGCGAAGAGACUUGACCUUUUUCCUUUACAUUUUUGCCACGGAUUCCCUUGGUUGAUCAAAUAACAGAUAUAUAAUAUCACUGUCUACAGCUAAAAUACAAAAACUAAAGAAAUUAUUAAAUUCAUUAAAUAUGAUGUGAUAAAUAUAAUGUAAUAGGUGCAAAAUAAUAUCCAGAGUGGUUCAAUGGACAUUUUCUCAGUGGCAUCCCUGGAUAUUUAUGCUAAUGGAUUUCCUUCUAAUUGGACUGUACUUAAAGUGGCCACUGAAGAAGCCCCCUGGGUUGAUACUGUGUUCAUUGGGCAUUUUUCUAAGAACAGUUCCCUUGGUAGACGGGGUUUGUCCAAGGCUGUGCCGCUGCGACAGCAAGCUGCUGUACUGCGAGGGGCUCAACCUCACAGAUAUUCCCCGCAAUCUGAGCAGCGCCAUGGGCCUGUCCAUGAGAGAGAACAACUUGACUGAGCUGCGUGAAGGCCAGCUGAGUAGUCUGUCACAGCUCACCUGGCUCUACUUAGAUCACAACAACAUUGACACGGUAGAGGAGGGUGCAUUUGAUAGGCUAAGACGAGUCAAGGAGUUAGACCUCAGCAGCAACCGGAUUGAGAAUCUGCCAAAUGGUACCUUUAGGCCCCUCCCAAACCUGCGUAUCCUGGACCUCUCAUACAACAGGCUGCAGGCACUAGAGCCCGACCUGUUCCACGGCCUUAGAAAGCUCACCAAUUUGCAUUUGCGCUACAAUGCUCUCAAAUUUGUGCCAGUGCGGAUUUUUCAAGACUGCCGUAGCAUGCAGUUUCUGGACUUAGGAUACAACCAACUGCAGAGCCUGGCACGAAACUCCUUCGCUGGACUCUUCAAGUUGACUGAGUUGCAUCUUGAGCACAAUGAGCUGGUUAAAGUCAACCUAGCCCACUUUCCACGCCUCAUCUCAUUACGUACUCUGUACAUGCACAAUAAUCGUGCCACUAUUGUUGUCAAUACCCUGGACUGGACAUGGCAUUUUUUAGAGAAGAUUGACCUGUCAGCUAAUGAAAUUGAGUACAUUGAACCACAUGUUUUUGAGAGUACACCCAACCUCAGGGUGCUCAUGCUAGACUCCAAUCGUUUGACCUAUGUGGAUCAGCGCAUCCUGGAUUCAUGGUCAUCUCUGGACAGCAUUACCCUGGCGGGGAAUGACUGGGAGUGCAGUCGCAACGCGUGUGCUUUGGCCUCUUGGCUGAGUGCCUUCCGAGGUCAGCGUGACAAUUCCCUGCUGUGUUCAAGCCCCGACACCGCACAGGGUGAGGACGUGAUGGACGCUGUCUAUGCUUUUCAGCUAUGUGAGGAUCCCCCAGUGGACGUAACUACAGCAGGCCUGUAUGCUUCUACAAGGGAUCUGGCCCAGGGUGGCUCCGUGUUCCUGGGCCCAUUUACUCCCAACCCUUAUGAUGGUGAGGGUGGUGAGGUGGUCACCAGUUCUUUCACUGUCACAGUGGGCCAUGAUGACCUGGAGAGCACCAUGCAGAUUCACAAGGUGGUGACUGGCACCAUGGCACUCAUCUUUUCCUUUCUCAUCAUAGUGCUCAUGCUGUAUGUGGCAUGGAAGUGCUUUCCGGCCGGAAUAAGACAACUGAGGCAGUGCUUCAGCAGUCAGCGUCGUAAGCAGAAGCAAAAGCAAAGCAUGCAGCAGAUGGCUGCAAUUUCUACUCCGGAGUACUAUGUUGACUAUAAACCUAACCACAUCGAGGGAGCUCUGGUAAUCAUCAAUGAAUAUGGCUCUUGCACUUGCCAACAGCAACCUUCUCGGGAAUGUGAGGUGUGACCAUGCUUUGUGAGUACGCCUUUACCUGUGAUUCUCUGGAUAUACAGUACAUCCCUUUUUUGGAUACACUGGGGAGGGGAAUAUUGUGGGACAGAAGGAAUAAAGGGAUCUUUUGGACACUUUUUACACAGCUUCUCACUGUGAUGUGGAAGGAGUGUGCUGACUAUUUUGUGGUGGAUUUACUGCUACUGCUAUCUACUGCUGAUUUGAGGCCACAGGGCAUAAUGGGCACCUGACUCUCAGACCUGUUGAUGUUCUGCAGAAACACAGAGAGGAAUAUGUUAUGGGCACUGAGGCUUUUCUCUCGUGGAUGGAUAACUGAGCUUUAACAUGUCUUUCUACUUCAGAACAUUUAAUUAUUGUUUAAAAUAAACUGGGGACACAUAAAAGAAAAAGAAAAAAGACCAUUUGUAUUAUGGUAAACAAUAUCUGACAAGCAUUUAAAAUAUUAAAAAUUCUUGAUUAAGUUGGAUUAAAAA